AUGAGUGGAAAAUCCCGCCCAUCCUCAGAUGCAAGAAUCAUCAGCAAUGGGCCUUCAAGGCGUCAGUCUCUUGGUGGAGCUGAGAACUUCUCUAGAGCAUCCUUUAAUGGCUAUCUAUCUAGGACAAAAUCGAAUUUACAAUCUGGUUUCAACCGUUCCAACACUGCUACUGCAAUAUUGAAACAAGCCAAGAGUUCAUCUAGAUCGUUUGAUGGUGGUAGUAGAUUGCUAGACAGAGAUACGCUAGUACCAUAUGCAACUGGGAAAGAUAACACAAACAGUGCCAGUGAUCAGACUCAGAUGGAUGAGACAAUUGGUAGACAUGAGGAGAGGGCAAAUGGAUCUUUGGCUGAACAAUCCAGGACAGAGCAUGAAGAUUAUGUUUCUGGAGUGCUGUAUGAUAUGUUACAGAAAGAGGUCGUAUCUUUGAGGAAAGCUUGCCAUGAGAAAGAUCAAACCCUCAAGGACAAGGAUGAUGCAAUUGAGAUGUUGGCAAAGAAGGUGGAUACACUUAACAAAGCAAUGGAGGUUGAGGCCAAAAAGAUGCAGAGAGAAGUAGCUGCCAUGGAAAAAGAAGUCUCUGCUAUGCGUGUCACCAAGGAGCUUGAUCAGAGGGCACGGCGCUCAAGUGCUCUCCGAGGGGUUGUAAAUAGCUCUCAUACACUUUCUUCUAGGUAAAUAGUUGUGUAUAAUCUUUAAUGGCCUAAAACUGAUGCACUAGUUGUGGAACAGGCCGUCAUUCUUGUUCCUGCUAAGUUCUUGAUUAUAUAAAACAAACAAAAAUGCAUGGCUUGAUAU